GUCUGCAGGUGGAGGUAUGUGUGUGGUCACAUGUGGAGGCUGUCUGAUGGUUUUUGUUCUAUUAACCCCUUCAGGACCCGGUUCCUAUAAGGUGUCAGGACGUGGCGGUCUAUUUCUCCAUGGAGGAGUGGGAGUAUGUAGAAGGACACAAGGAUCAGUACAAGGAUCAGGUCAUGAUGGAGGAUCAGCAGCCCCUCACAUCACCAGUCAGAUCCAGUAAGAGAACAGCACCAGAGAGGUGUCCCUGUCCUCUUGAUGAACAGAAUAUGGAGGAUAUUACCACAGGGAAAGAUCUGAUCUAUAUUAAUGCUACAGACAUUAAGGAAGAAGAAGAGACAUAUGUGAGCAGUGAUGAGCAGUAUAAGGAGGACAUUUCUACAGAGCAUGAUCUCAUCUAUAUUAAUGCUACAGACAUAAAGGAAGAAGAAGAGACAGAUGUGAGCGGUGAUGAGCAGCAUAAGGAGGAUAUUACUGCAGGGAAAUAUCUGAUCGAUAUUUAUACUACAGGCAUAAAGGAAGAACAAGAGACAGAUAUGAGCGGUGAUGAGCAGUAUAAGGAGGACAUUCCUACAGGGAAAGAUAUGAUCUAUAUUAAUGCUACAGACAUAAAGGAAGAAGAAGAGACUGAUGUGAGCGGUAAUGAGCAGUAUAAGGAGGACAUUCCUGCAGGGAAAGAUCUGAUCUAUAUUAAUGCUACAGACAUAAAGGAAGAAGAAAAAACUGAUGUGAGCGGUGAUGAGCAGUAUAAGGAGAACAUUCUGACAGGAAAAGAUCUGGAUAAUAUUAAUGCUACUGAUAUGAAGGAAGAAGAGACAGAUGUGAGCAGUGAUGAGCAGUAUAAGGAGGACAUUCCUACAAGUAACCACCCAGAUUCUUGUAGCAGGAGAUCAGAGGAGAAUCUUAUAUCUUCAGAUUAUAAAGCAGAUGAUGAUAUCACACAAGAUACAUAUGAAGAACAUUCCAUUAUCCCAGAUACACCCUCAGCCCUUCACAGCCAAGAUCUGUCAUCUCAUCCUUAUAUACAGGUCCUGUCUUCUCAGUCAUCACAGAAAGGUCACAGAAGGGGUGUUGGACAUCAACGAGCUCACACAGGAAAAAAACCAUAUUCAUGCUCAGAAUGUGGGAAAUGUUCUACUAAGAAAUCAGAUCUUGUUAAACAUCAAAGAAUUCACACAGGGGAAAAGCCAUUCUCAUGUUCAGAAUGUGGGAAAUGUUUUACUCAGCAAUCGCAACUUGUUCAACAUAAAAGAACUCACACAGGGGAAAAGCCAUUUCCAUGUUUGGAAUGUGGAAAAUGUUUUGCUGAGAAAUCACAUCUUGUUCAACAUAAAAGAACUCACACAGGGGAAAAGCCAUUUUCAUGCUCAGAAUGUGGUAAAUGUUUUACUGAGAAAUCAAAUCUUGUUAAUCAUAAAAGAACUCACACAGGGGAGAAACCAUUUUCAUGCUCAGAAUGUGGUAAAUGUUUUACUGAGAAAUCAAAUCUUGUUAAACAUCAAAGAACUCACACAGGGGAGAAGCCAUUUUCAUGCUCAGAAUGUGAGAAAUGUUUUACUGAGAAAGCAAGUCUUGUUAUACAUCAAAGAACUCACACAGGAAAGAAUCCAUUUUCAUGUUCAGAAUGUGGAAAAUCUUUUUAUUUUAAAUCAAGACUUGUUAAACAUAAAAGAACUCACACAGGGGAAAAAACAUUUUCAUGCUCAGAAUGUGGAAAAUGUUUUGUUAAGAAAUCAAGUCUUGUUAAACAUCAAAGAACUCACACAGGAGAGAAUCCAUUUUCAUGUUCAGAAUGUGGAAAAUCUUUUAAUUUUAAAUCAAGACUUGUUAACCAUAAAAUAACUCACACAGGGGAAAAACCAUUUUUAUGCUCAGAAUGUGGGAAAUGUUUCACAGAGAAAUCAAAUCUCGCUAAACAUCAAAGAAAACAUUUUCAUGUUCAGAAUAAAGCAAUCAAGACUAGUUAAACAUCUAAAUACUCACACAGGAGAGGAGCCAUUUUCAUGUUCAGAAUAUAGGAAAUGUUUUAAUGAGAAAUCAACACUUAAAAGACAUCUUAGGGUAUGUUCACACUACGGAAUUCCCGCUGAAUUCCGCGGUGUGAAUUUAACAUUAGUGUGAAUGGGUCUCCACCCCUUCACACUGCGGAAUUUGUUCCGCGCAAAGAAAGAACAUGUUCAUUCUUUGCGCGGAAGUCCGUGAGUACUGCAUAGCCAUCAAUGGUGACGGCGCAGUGCCGCGCGGUCCUACCACCGCUGUCGGCUGCCAGGCUGAAUCUCCGCUCGCGGAAUUCUGCGAGCGGAGAUUCCGUUCACACUCUGUAGUGUGAACAGACCCUAAGAAUUCACACAGGAGAGAAGAUAUUUUAGAGCACUAAAUGAUGCAGAUAACACAUUUAUAUAUUAACCCCUUGCAGCUGAACGCUGUUUAUAAAUGGCGCUGCGGCAAGGUUAUGAAUCUAGCUCAGUAGCUGAGCUUGCAUCAUACCUGCACGGUCCCGGCUGCUAUCAGAAGCCAGGACCUGUGACUUAUACCUGACAUCGCCGUUCAGGCAGAUGAUCGGCAUUUACUAUUUAGACGCGGCACUAUUUAAGUGCUCUCUGAUGACACCUGUCUCGGUAACUGUCCAGGGUAGAAGCAAAUCCCCAUAGCAAACCUCUCCUACUCUGUGCAGUUCCCAAGACAAGCAGAGAUGUCAGCAGAGAGCACUGAUGCCAGACAGAAAAGAACAACUCCGAUUCAGCAGCUGAUAAUUAUUGGAAGGAUUAAGAUUUUUUAAUAGAAGUAAUUUACAAAUCUGUUUAACUUUCUGGUGCCAGUUGAUAUAAAAAAAAUAAAAAUAAAGUUUUAUUUCUGGAAUACCCCUUUAAGUUUUAGGCUAGAAGUCGGGAUUUUGUAUUUAUUUUCCUAUCUAUUUCUUUUUGUUUUGUCAUCUUUCUUGUUCUCUUUUUAAAGUGUUUAUAUUUGUCAUUUUGUUAUUGUGGCAACAUGAAUGUUAUUGUUACAUAACAUGAUUUAUAAUUGUCUUUUCUUUUCUUGUUAACAAAUAGAGAAAUUUGAAAAUAAAAAUCUUUUACCGGUUUGGUUAGUACGAACCGGUAAAAGUGAGAAAUCUCAUGAACAGCGUGCGGUUUUGGCUUCUGGAAGAAGGGGGUGGAGCAGGGGCAGUGACAUGACAUCAAGGUCACAGCAUAUCACAUAAUAACCCAGGUUAUCAUAUAACUUGCUGCUAUAAGUGUCAAUCAGCUUAAAGGCCAAUAGGAGACAACAAGGGGUAGGGUUUUACACAGUUAAUGGAUCACAAGCCAAUCCCCAUGAUGGCAAUGGGAACAGCAGACAGAAAGAGAUAGACACAGUAAUACAGAGGGAGAGAGAGAUUGGACAGAUAUAGGGAACAAAGAUAAACAGAGUGUGUGUGAACAGAAGCCAUAAUCCCUAUCCUGGUGGCUGAUCUAUAUGAUAACAUACAUAAAAGAAGCAUAGCGCCCUUACACACAUGUACAGGGAUUAAUCGCAAAAAAACUAUACCUACAGGUUUUAUCAUCAGACUGACUGCAGCACGUGUAAAUAAAAACACAUCAGACUGAUAAAC